AUGGAAGAUUGGAGAAUACGUGGUUAUGAUCCAUUGACUCCACCAGAUUUGUUACAACAUGAAUACCCGUUAACACCAGAAUCUCAAAAAGUAAUAUUACAAGGAAGAGAUGAUGCAUGUAAAAUCUUAAAUGGAGAAGAUGAUAGACUUAUAAUAAUUAUUGGACCAUGUUCAUUACAUGAUCCUAAAUCGGCAUUAGAUUAUGCCGAAAGAUUAGAAAAACAAGCUGCAAAAUACAAAGGAGAAUUGUUAAUAGUCAUGAGAGCUUAUUUGGAAAAACCAAGAACCACGGUUGGUUGGAAAGGUUUAAUCAAUGAUCCAGAUAUUAAUGGAACUUUUCACAUAAAUAAAGGGUUACGAAUUUCUAGAAAAUUAUUUGUUGAUUUGACUUCCAAAUUACCAAUUGCAGGUGAAAUGUUGGAUACAAUUUCUCCUCAAUUUUUAUCAGAUUUAUUUUCAGUAGGUGCUAUUGGUGCAAGAACUACUGAAUCUCAGUUACAUAGAGAAUUAGCUUCAGGAUUAUCUUUUCCAGUUGGAUUCAAAAAUGGUACAGAUGGUACAUUGGGAGUAGCAAUCGAUGCUGUUAGAGCUGCUUCACAUCCUCAUCAUUUCCUUUCAGUUACUAAACCUGGAAUUGUUGCUAUAGUUGGAACAGAUGGUAAUAAAGAUUGCUUUGUUAUAUUGAGAGGAGGGAAACAAGGUACAAAUUACGAUGAGGACUCAGUAAAAGCAACAGAAGAACAAUUAAUAAAGGCAAAUUUAGUAAAUGAUACAACCCAGAAAGGACCAAGAAUAAUGGUAGAUUGCUCACACGGAAACAGUAAUAAAGAUCAUAGAAAUCAACCAAAAGUUGCUGCUGUAGUUGCGGAACAAAUUUCAAAAGGUAAUAAAUCAAUAUGUGGAUUGAUGAUUGAAAGUAAUAUUGGAGAAGGUAGACAAGAUGUUCCACCAGCAGAGCAAGGUGGCAAAGAUGCUUUAAAAUAUGGUGUAUCUAUCACUGAUGCUUGUAUUGGAUGGGAAGAUACUGAAAAAGUAUUGGAAGUAUUAUCCAAUGCCAUAAAAAAUAGAAGAAGUUUAAGACAAUAA